GGCGCAUCGCCAGGAAUGCCUGGUCCUCCUGGAGACAUGGGAGCACCCGGAGCCCCUGGACGUCCAGGACCACCGGGACCAGCUGGCCCACCUGGAGGAGCUGGUGGUAAAGGAAUGUGUGAUCAUUGCCCACCACCGCGGCUUUCACCUGGAUAUUAG